GUGUCCAUUUCAUCCCGUGGAAGCGCGUGUCGUGUUUUUAAGGAUGCUGAGACGCUCGGUCGACGCAGUGCUGUUCUCAAUGAAGAGGCGAAGCGAGUCAAUGAGCGAGGCGUUUCAGUAUGGUGAUUGUACUCCUAUUUAUACUGGAUGUUUCGUUCUUAAAAAACUAGCUACUGUUGGGAUGUAUCAUUCAUGCUAUCAUACGUAGGCUAAACGUUCGGUUGUCUUUGGUUGGUGAACAGAAUGACCGGUGGGAAAUUGAAGUAAAUGGUCUUAUGGUGAUGAAAAACAGAUUUACUUUAUCAGUAUGCUAUAGAUGCAGUGGUUAAUUUUACAAAGCACAUUGGGUGGGUUUUGGAGGGUGGGGAGGAUGCAUUUGUGAUCCUUAAAUGGCAUUCAACAAGUGUAGACUAUCUCAUCCCUUCUGCUGUGUGCCUGAUAUUCUCCAGAUAGGCUGACAUCCUGUAUGUGUGUAACUGAUGUGUGUAUGGGGAUGUGGGGGCUAUAUGCAGUCAGACUAUUAUAUUUUCUGCUUUUUUGAGCAUUUGUUUGAAUAAUUCAGACUUUGAAUCAGUAUAAUGACUGUUUGUGCAGGAAUUAUUUUUAGAAAGGGAUGUUAGCUUUUAGUCAAUGCAUUAAGCCAAUGAGACUUAAAAUGCAUGGGGAGGGAGACUGGUCUAAAUAAUCCCCUGCCCGUGAUUUCACUCUUUCGUUUUCUCUCGCUCUUUCUCACAAAUGAUCUGUGGCCCUGUCUUUGUCGUUCGACUCUGAAAUGUAUACAACCAGAUAAUCACAUCAGCUAUGCUUUUCAGAAAUGGAGAGUGAGACGGAGAGGUGGGUUCUUUGGAAACCAUGACAGCUUUCAUUCAUGGAAAUCCAAAGGUGCAGCGCAAUAUUGGGCCCAGUCUGCAGAACAAAAACACACCGAUUUAACUCAUCCAGCAUAAAGCGUAAUCCUCUCAUACAACCAAGCACAAUAAAACACCGGCCCUAUAGUGUAGGUCUGCUAUUAAGCAGGUAAUCUCUCUCUCUCUCUUUCUCUCUCUCUCUCAUGCUGUUCUCUUUCAUUAAAACUAUUAACAUAGAAAAAAAAAUCAGUAUAGCCAUUAGCUAAUUCUUUGCUGAGGAGAAUUAAAAAUGUUUCCUUUAUGGAUAUAGACUUUUAAUGUAUCCAAAAUGAAAAUAAAUAAGGCCAUGCUGAAUUGCCAACAGUUAUUACCCUCCAUUGUUGUUGUUAAAAGCAUUGCUGACAUAUUAACUUUGUUUUAAUCUCAGACUAUAGUUCAGAAUAGCGUGUAGGAAGUUUGCCUCAUUGUACAGUGCGGAGUCCGUGGAAUAUGUCUAUGCUUAGUUUAUGCUGUUAAUACGUGUCUGUAUGUAUAGGUUAGGGUUGGUUAUAGAUUUUGGCUUUAAAAAGCCCUAUAUAAUGAAUUUGCAUCUCAUUAGAAUUGUGGGAAGAGAAAUGGAUUUCAUAUUUGUUUCAAACACAAAAGGCAGGAAACAUCUAUGCCAGAUGGGAACUGUGUUUCUCCUUUUAUUCCACUAUGGAUUGUGUCUGCUGCAUGAUCCCUUUGCGUGUCUGUAUGUGUGGGUGUCAGAGAGUGUGUAUCUUUGUGUGUGUGUGUGUGUGUGUGUGUGUGUGUGUGAAGGGGGGUGUUGAUUGUGGUUCUAUAUAGACCAUUUGCUGCUGAGUGUAUUUGUUUCCAUGGUUACCCCCAUGCCAAUGAAGAUCACGUCAUCACCAGACCAGACCUCUGCGGCUAUUGUUUACUGAUCGUAGAGAAGACUGAGUGUGUGUUCGGGUUUUAGAUACGUCCUCCACAGACCUUAAGUUCUUCAUUGUUUUUUAGUCCUUUUGUCUAGCCUGUCGCCUGUAAUGUGUUUGAUUCCUGGAUGUCUUGCUUGGAUUAAUCAUAUCUCCUGCUAUAUUUUGACCACCUGUCAUUUUUCUGUGAUAGACACACAUGGAGGGCUAUUUAUUCGAUACCGCUCAGUGACUCCAUACUGUUGGUUGACUUGGCACGCAGUGUCUUAUGCUUGUAUCGCCAUCUGUAGCGCCCUGUACAGAGCUGCAUGAUUUGUUUUAGGUCCUGAGAGAGGCAUUUGUCACUGUCAUGUGAGCCUAACUUUGCUUUUUUUAUACACUGUUUAAAGACAGGAAGUUUCGAGAGCAGCAUGGCAGAAGCCCCUGUUGGAGAGGACGCACCCAAAGAGCAGGAGAGUGCCACCCCACCUACCCACGAUCCCCUGUUAGGGGUUGGUGGUGCUCUGUGGGAAAGAGUUCUGAAAGCUAGUGUUACAGCUGGAGCUUUCCUCCUGCUGUACACACUGUCUCAACUCACAGGUUUGUGGGUCCUUUACAUGCUGAAUGGAUACAGGGCUUUUCCAGCAGCACAUAAAGUUUUGGAUCUCAUUCAGUACCUUCUCUCCACCAGUGAUGCCUAUGAUCAACAGAUGGAGAUAUGGAGGGUGGAGAGCAUGUUGCCCCUCAUAGCGACACUCUUCUUAGGUGUAGUCAUCCUUGGUACUGGAACGCUGUUCUGCAUUAAAACCCUGGUGCCUGGCAACCCAUCUUGCUUCCCUGACGACCGUCGUCAGUCCAUGAGCAGGCAGCCCUCCUUUACAUAUUCAGAAUGGACAGACGCUAAACAUGAGGAUUUCUACGAGCUGGAUGCUGUUCCGGAAACGCCCGUGUUCGAUUGCUUUAUGGACAUGAAAACCGAAGCUGACCCUGUCACUCUCACUGUCAAAUCUGUGGGCUUGCAGGAAAGGAGAGGUUCUAACGUGUCGCUUACGUUGGACAUGUGCACCCCUGGUACUACAGAGCCCUACGGAGCGCUGCUGUCCCCUAGAGAGCAGGGUACACAGGAAUACCUGCAGAACGCAUCAAACCUGCUCACCCCCGAGCAGCUGCACAAGCGCGCACUGGAUGACGCUGUACUGCAGGCGGAGUUCUACGAGACACCCAUGAACUUCGUGGACCCAAAAGAAUAUAAUUUUCCCGGCGUGGUGAGGAAGAAUCGCUACAAAACUAUACUACCAAACACACAUAGCAGAGUUUGCUUAAAAGCAAAAGAGGAAGGUGAUUUUCUCAGCACCUACAUCAAUGCUAAUUAUUUGAAGGGCUAUGGUGGGAAAGAAAAGGCAUACAUCGCCACACAGGGUCCGACUGUAAACACAGUGGGGGAUUUCUGGAGGAUGGUUUGGCAGGAGCGCUGUCCCAUUAUCGUCAUGAUCACCAAUAUUGAAGAAAAAAAUGAGAAAUGCACAGAAUACUGGCCAGAGGACAGUGUCAUCUGUGAGGGUAUCGAGAUCACUGUCAAACUGGUCAUCCAGGCCGAUGACUACAGUCUAAGGAUUUUCACUGUGAAGAGUGAGGGUGAGGAGCGCACUCUCAGACAGUACUGGUACACAUCCUGGCCAGAUCAAAAAACUCCAGACAAGGCCCCGCCUCUCCUGGAGUUGGUUCAGGAAGUGGAGGAAGCGAGGAAACAGGCCCCACCCAACAGUGGCCCUGUCAUUGUCCACUGCAGUGCAGGGAUUGGACGCACUGGCUGUUUCAUUGCUACCUCCAUCUUGUGCCAGCAGCUAAGCAUUGAAGGGGUGGUUGACAUCCUGAAGACCACUAGCCAGCUACGCUUGGACAGAGGUGGGAUGAUCCAGACAGCGGAACAGUAUCAGUUUGUUCAUCAUGUACUCAGCCUGUACGAAAGACAGCUUCGAAAGACCUCAGAAGAGUAAAGCCUCCAUGAGCGCACAACCUUCACAUCACUCCUCACAGAAGAGUUGACCUUCAUCCAAACACAUGGGUCAGGGACUGACCCUCAGCUCCUCAAGUCUCAUGUCUUCAAACACAACAGACGUUUAGGUUGAACCGUCCUUUUAGAAGCACACCUUUAGUUGACUCCAAUCUCCAAUACCUAAAUCCAACAUCAAGACACCAAUCAGUUAUUAAAUAGACAUUUUUCUUUAUUCCUUACCAUAACAGUAACAGACUUCAAGCGAUCAGAUAUGUCAUAACACAAGUUCUGCCCUCGUAAUAACGUUCAGCAGGCCAUCAGUGCUCAAACACGACAAUAUUUCUAUGCGUGUGUACUUCAUAUCUAGUGGGAUGAACACAAUAACAAGCAGACACCUUUUAAGGCCUCCAUUUAUGAUGCAUAUUUAGCAUUAGGUUUAGGGACCUCUUCAAUUUCUGAGCCUACAAACACAGCAAUUUUCCUUUUACUGCUAAGACAUUUUUACAGGAUUUAUAACUCAAUGUAUCAAUGAGAAGUGUGCGUGUACAUAAAUGGGUCUCGUAUGUUGAAAGAUCAACCUCUUGGCAAUCUGAACUGUCAGUAUAUAUGUGUGCAUGUGUGUGUGUGUGUGAGAGAGAGAGAGAUAGUGUCGCAGAACCAGAAGGAGAGAGAGAGAGAGAGAGAUAAUGUUUACUAUGUGUUACAUUGAUUAUCAGACUUUAAUUCCGGAUGUGUGGUUGGUCUCUAGAAGAGGUUAGCCUACUACAUUUAAUACAAAAUGGCCUUAAUACGUGUCUUUCUGUUUGUACUGGGGUCCGUAUGGUUGUAUGUAGAUGUUGUCAGGCAGAUCUAAACGCAGCGUGGUGUUAAGCCUGUCAUAGUCUCAUUCAGUAAGACUGAGAGAGGCUGCUCUCCGUACAGAAUGAUGUACAUUUUCCCUCAGCAUACCUUUGCCUUCUCGGUUUGCGUGUCGUUGGACGCUAUAUCAUGCAAAAUGGUUUAGUUGGACUCUAAAAAGCAUUGAUGCUGCACCUCAAGGUUUUAUGUAUCAAAAUGCCGAAACACUGUAUCCAACUAAUGUUAAAUUUGUAAAUCACAGCUUGUAUCGAUAGCAGAAAUCAUGACAAUGGGACAUAUAUAGUUGUGAUGUUUUUUGCUAAUUUCUAUUUAUUUAUUUAUUUAUUUAUUUUAUGAGCUUGUUUUACUCUGGUUACAUUUAACAUAGUUUAUAUGUGGGUCUGCGUAUCUGAUUAGUUAAGAUGUAUAAUCAGUAUUUGCCCAAGUUGGCAGCUCGUACAGCUUUGCUGAGACUUGCAGUUUGCAUGAGCAAGUACAUUUUGAACUUCUUUUUAAUUAUGAGCAAGGAAAUGUUUAAAUUACAAGCAGACAUCUGUGUGUGAUUAUGUGCAAAAGCUUCUGACACGGCAGAGUCUCUCUCUGCUGUUGGAACACGCAUCUUCAAUCAAUGAUCUCAUGUGAUCCAGCUGGAAGUACCAAUGCUCUGAAUUUCUUUAGACAGUACUGCUACCACCCUAAUUGUCUCCAGUUGUUCUCGAACUAGUCAUAUGUCCUCAAAAUGAUGUUUCCUUCCAGGCAGCUUUGAGAUGAAAUUAGGAAAUUUACAGAAGCUUGAAAACACCUCCUUCUUACACAAGAGAUUGUACUUUUUGGUUGUUUUUUGUAAGUGUUGUUAGUUCAAAGCCUCAUGAUAGUUUGCAAGAAAUGAGAAUGACUUUCGUUCACGUGCUUUAAUUGCUGCUGUUCUAGUCUUUUUAUUAUUAGAGAACUGCUUUCGUGUUUUAGUUGGUACUGAGUAAGUGAAUUUUAUUAUUUAUUUUUAAUGAACUGACAUAUUCGUCAUACUUAUUGAAAGAGUUUUGUCUCUAUGUUUUUGUGCUGUUAUUACACUGCCAAAGACUGUAGUGAUUGGUCCAUACCGCAAAACCUGAACAAUGCUAAUUCUAUAUUUACAAUCUUUGAAAACCUUAACCAGUUUUAGCACCAACAUGUGGAAUUGUGUACAUGUAUGAAACCAGCAUAUUUAUAUAUUUUUAACUGGUUUUAAAAUGAAGAAUCUAAAUUUCCACAGUAAAACCUGUUCUCUCACUUACCCAGCCUUUCUUUAAACAUUUUAGCUUCUUUUACAUUAUUCAUUUAUGCUGGUGUAGUAUUUUGUGACAUUGUUGACACUAAAUCUUCAUAAGAUUAUAAAAUAAUUAAAGUCAAUUGGAAAUACUGUGAUUUGCAAAAGAUUUAAUCUUUAUUAUUUUUAGAUUUAAAUUUAAAUCUAGAUUUAGAUGUAGUUUUAUAGAUUUUAUCAUUGUUUUUUUUUUUUUUUUUUUUUUUUUUUUUAUAUUAUACAUUACCAUACAUUUAAUGUUUUUGAUAGAAGUCUCUUAUGCUCACUGAGGAUGUAUUUAUUUUAUCAGAAAUACAGUAAAAAGAGUAAUAUUGUGAAAUAAUGUUACAAUUGAACAGUUUUCUAUUUUAAUAUAUUUUAAAAUGUAAUUUAUUCAUGUGAUGACAAAGCCGAAUUUUUGGCAUCCAGUCUUCAGUGUCACAUGAUCCUUCAGAAAUCAUUCUAGUAUGAUGAUUUGGUGCUCAAAAACAUUUCUUAUUAUUAUCAAUGUUGAAAACAGUUGUGCUGUUUAAUAUUUUUGUGUAAACCAUGAUACAUAAUUCUUUUAUUUCUUUUAUGAUUAAAACAGCAAGAUUCUGAUUUUUUUAAAUAGAAAUCUGAUCUUGCAAGGUACAAGUGAGUGAGAAAACAGGUUUUUUAUCCACAAUGAUAAAUAAAUUAAUAUAAUGGAAUGUAAAUACAAGUUCUAUCUACAGCAUUUGUCAUUUAUCAAAAAUCACUAAAAACAGAAGAAGAAAAAAACAGAAAAAUCAUAGUUUUUUGUAAAUCAUAGACUAGUGUAACAAAAUCGUUUACUGACAAUCUUUCAGUGACUGGUACAACCUGUAAACUCAUUGACUUUCAAAUGUUACAUGUAAGCAUGGAGCAAACUCCAUUCUUGGCAUAAACAAAACUAGAAAAGAAUUUUCUGUGUUGAUCACUAUAACAGUGCAAAUGCUGUGGACAGCGCAUAAAUGUAUUCAAAUCAAAACAUUCCUUUGAGGAAUCAUUUUUAAAACGUUGAACCAAAUCUCUGUGUGUCUGUUACAAGCUGUUUGUCACCCUGAUGGCCAUUUACUGGUUUUGUACAUUGUUUGCCAUGCAGGACAACUUUGCUGAGCGUUUCCAAAGUCAUCAAACUUGUCAUUUUCAGGACUGUACUGUUUUAGGACAGUUGUUAUUCAGUGAGUUUAUCCACUUUGAGGAAAUUCUAUUUAAAAAAAAAAAAAGAAAGAAAAAAAAAAAGUUGUUGGAUGAGUGUAAAGAAGGCCGUUAGUAGCCUUAAUCAGUGAUCACACAAAUAAAUCUUGUUUUCAUUGGGUUUACCAAUUUAAUAUUCUGAUGCAUGCAACAAAAGUGAUCAGGGUCAAAUAACAUGAUUUCAUGUUAGCUGAAUAAUCUUUUAAGUCAAUGUUAUAGUUCAGACUGAGAGAAGGGCCAAUAUUGCAGUUUAGUGAAGUCCUCCCCCUCCCCCAACUCACUGCCCACUCACUAUCAGUCGGACCCCACUUCCUACAGAACACUCCAUCUGUCGGACCCGUCUGUGUUGCCAGAGAAGAGUAACAGACACACAGGCACCAGCAAAUGAGUACAUCAUUAUAUCAUACACACAAAUUAGAUCCUGGGCCAAACUAGCUUGGAUUAUAUCCAUGUAACCGUGAUUUUAAUAUAUUUAAAAGAGAGUGUGCUGUUUUAUGUUUAAAUAGAUAUUAAUUUAAUCAUCAUGAACAACUCACUACCAGCAUAGUAUGUCUUUAUGCACUACUGUACAAAGCUAAAACAAGCACAAAGUUGAAAUACUGAUUUUUGAAUGUGAAUGCAGAGGCCUGAGCCUCGGCUGUCUUAAUUACUCAAAUAUUUCAAUGCCAUCUGAGUAUUUGACCUUUUGCUUCUUCAUUUCACUCAAAUAUUUUCAAGAUUUUUUUUUUUUUUUCAAGAAACCAUGCGUUGAUCAGUGUUUUGAUAUUUUAUGAUUAUUUAUUGUCCUGUGAUUUUGGUUGAAAUGUUUGGCACAGACCCUUCAAUCUCAAAAAAGAACUGUUUUGGUUUAAUUUUUAUCCUGUUCUAUAGUGAAAUAGAUGUUGUUUAAAAAAAUACAAUUUGCCUCAUUGCUUUCGUAUUGUUCCUCUGCUGUUGAAAUCCAAAUAGAAUGUAACAUGACUAAGUUUACAAUAUCAUGGCUUGUAUUAUUGGUAUAAGCUUUAAUUUUUAAAUAAAAAUAUUCUUCUGUUAAUCAGGA